AUGGGGGAGACCAAAAUUAUCUACCACCUCGACGACCAGGAGACACCCUAUCUGGUGAAAUUAUCUGUACCGGCGGAUAAAGUCACUUUGGCAGACUUCAAAAAUGUCCUCAAGAAGCCAAAUUACAAGUUCUUCUUCAAAUCUAUGGAUGAUGACUUCGGGGUGGUAAAAGAGGAAAUAUCUGACGACAACGCCAAAUUACCCUGCUUUAAUGGACGUGUGGUGUCAUGGCUGGUCUCGGGAGACGGAGCACACACAGACGCUGGUUCAGUGGCAGACUUGGAGGCCACGCCCCCUAUGGAGAGGACAGGCGGCAUCGGAGACUCUCGACCACCUUCUUACCACGGGAAAGCAGCGAGCGGCCGGGACAGUUUGGACAACGACACAGAGACGGGCUCCGUGAUGUCGCAGAGAAAAGAGAGGGAGAAGCCAAGACGGAAACAUGCCGACCAAGGUCGCGGGAGGCAAAACGGGUACUCGUCGCGGCCGGCGGGACGUGGAGGAGCCGAGUACGACAGCUGUUCCUCUUUCAUGAGCAGCGAGCUGGAGUCCACUUCCUGCUUUGAUUCCGAGGACGAUGACGCUACCAGCAGGUUUAGUAGCUCCACCGAACAGAGUUCCUCUCGUUUAAUGAGACGACACCGACGCCGCCGGCGGAAACCCAAAGCGUCCAAUCUGGACAGGUCCUCAUCAUUCAGCAGCAUCACAGACUCAACUAUGUCCCUCAACAUUAUUACGGUUACUCUCAAUAUGGAGAAGUACAACUUCUUGGGAAUCAGCAUUGUGGGCCAGAGUAACGAGAGAGGAGACGGCGGAAUUUACAUUGGCUCCAUUAUGAAGGGCGGCGCUGUGGCGGCCGAUGGACGCAUCGAGCCCGGAGACAUGCUCUUGCAGGUGAAUGACAUUAACUUUGAGAACAUGAGUAAUGACGAUGCUGUUCGAGUGCUAAGGGACAUUGUGCACAAGCCUGGUCCCAUAACUUUAACUGUGGCCAAGUGCUGGGACCCGAACCCACGAAGCUGCUUUGCACUGCCAAGAAGUGAGCCAAUUCGACCCAUUGAUCCUGCAGCGUGGGUGUCACAUACCGCAGCAAUGACUGGGGUGUAUCCUGCUUAUGGUAUGAGCCCUUCCAUGAGCACCGUCACUUCUACCAGCUCCUCCAUCAGCAGCUCCAUUCCAGAAACUGAACGAUUCGAUGACUUCCACCUCUCCAUUCACAGCGACAUGGCAACGGUUGCUAAGGCCAUGGCCUGUCCGGAGUCAGGCCUGGAAGUGCGAGACAGGAUGUGGCUAAAGAUCACCAUCGCUAACGCAUUCAUCGGUUCUGAUGUGGUGGACUGGCUCUUCCAUCACGUGGAAGGCUUCACAGAUCGCAGAGAGGCCCGUAAAUACGCAAGCAACUUGCUGAAGGCCGGCUACAUCCGGCACACCGUCAAUAAGAUCACUUUCUCGGAGCAGUGCUAUUAUGUAUUUGGAGAUCUCUGUGGCAAUAUGACCCACCUGUCUCUCCAUGACCAUGAUGGUUCCAGUGGGGGAGCCUCAGAUCAAGACACGCUCCCCCCGCUGCCUCACCCCGGGGCGGCUCCCUGGCCUCUGCCCUACCAGUUCCCUAUCCCUCACCCCUAUGACCUCCCGCAGCCCUUCCACGGUGGCCCAGCUGCUGGCAGCGCUGGAAGCCAGCACAGCGAGAGCAGCGGCUCCAACUGCAGCAAGAACGAGGGGCGUAAAUCCGGCGGCAGCGGGAGCGAGCCCGACAACAGGAGCCACCGCGCCCCAAGCGAGCGCUCUGCGGCUCCCCCUAGCGAGCGAAGCGUCCGCAGCCACCGCAGCGCCAACUCCCACUCGCCGGCCUACGGGCAAGGCCUGGUUUACGGCCCCCCGGGUCUGCCUCCGCAGCCGCCGCCGCAUCUGCCCACGUCGGCCCCCGGCGCCCCUCCAGGCAGAGAGCUGGCGUCUGCCCCACCCGAGCUCACCGCUUCGCGCCAGUCCUUGCGAAUGUCUGUUGGCAACGCCGGCGAGUUCUUCGUGGAUGUCAUGUGA